CACUUAAGAAAGAAGACUCACUUUUCGCGCUUUUCGCCCCGCGACAUUUUCCUUCGACUUGUCAAGCUUUCGCCGUCGAGUAGGUUGAAGGGUGAAAGGAAGGUAAGCAAAAAUGUCGAGCAGGGAGCUUCCAGAAGAUUUGCUAACGGAAAUCCUAUCAAAGCUGCCCGUUAAAUCUCUGGGGCGAUUCAAGUGCGUAAGUAAAUCCUGGUGCUCUCUGAUCACAUACCCUAAUUUCAUCACCAAGCACGUCACUUGGGCCAAUUCUCACAAUCCCCAUCGUAGGGCCAUCCUUAGGCAUUGGGAUGAGUGGGGGAACCCACGUGUCUCCACGCUCUCUAAUGGAACCCUAGAGCUGUCCGGGGAUGUAGAUCUAUUACAAUUGUUUCAGCAUCAGGUUGGCGAGGUACAAGUCUUCGGUGCCUACAAUGGAAUAAUUUGCCUUGGUACUACUCUGCGGAAGGAUGUGGAAAUGUUCGCCCGCCGUUAUGAAUACCUUAGUGCUGAUUCUUGGAGAGCGAUUGAUUCGCCCCCUAACCGAUCUUAUUCGAUUCAGUCACCUCGUUUUCCUUCAUACCUAAAUGGAGCUUUUCAUUGGUGGGCUUUUGAUAGGGGUACGAUUUCUCAGCCAUUCUUGCUUUCCUUUGAUAUGAGCAAUGAGGUGUUCCAAAAGGUAUUGCUUCCCCAAAUUGAACUAUCUUUAUUUGAGGGUGAGUUGGAUAUUGCUGUUGUCAAUGACUCUGUAGCUUUGAUUUUGCGAUGUGAGGGUGAGUUGGAUUAUUCGUUUGAUAUAUGGCUUCGGGAGGAUGGCUCGGUGGUUCUAAGCGAUCCAAAUGUAGGAGACUUGGAAUUGUAUGACCCAAGAACACAAGAAGUGAGGGAUCUUCGAAUAAAUGAUGCUGGAUCAUGCUCUCAACUUGUUAGUUACACAGAGUCCAUUGUUUUCCUAAAUGGAUCAAGGGAUGUGCUUGAGCAUCAAGACAAAAGUAAAGCAAAAAUGUCGAGCAGGAGGAGGGGAAGGAAAGGGCGGCGAGGGAGAAAGAAGAAAAGUGCAAACACGCGGAACAGGGACCUCCCAGAAGAUGUGAUAAUCGAAAUCCUAUCAAAGCUUCAGGUCAAAUGCCUGCUGCGAUUCAAGUGCGUAUGUAAAUCCUGGUAUGCACUCAUCACAAACCCUCAUUUCAUCACCAAGCACUUCACUUGGGCCACUUCUCACCAUCCCCACGCCGUGCUUAAGCGCCGGUAUGAGAUGGGGUUCUCCUGGCUCUCUAAUGAAAUCCUAGAUCAGUACGAUGAAACCGUAGAGCUGUUCGGGGAUAUAGAUCUCUCACAAUUGUUUCAGGAUGACGUUUACAAGUUACUAGUCUCGGGUCCCUGCAAUGGAAUAUUUUGUUUUGCUGCUACUCUGUUGGAGGAUACUGAACUGACACUGUCGGACGAUUAUGAUCAGAUUGUGUUAUGGAACCCUGCGACAAGAGAAUCAAAGACGCUCCCCCAAAUCCAACCCCCGCCGGAUGUAACAGACCCCGUUUAUGAUUUUGGCCUGGGUUUUGAUCCAAAGACUAACGAUUACAAGGUGGUUAGGAUUCUGACCUUCAAUUCUCAAUGCGAAGUUGCUGUGUACAGCCUUAGGGCUGAUUCUUGGAGAGUGAUUGAUUCAUCCCCUAACCCAUCUUAUGAGAUUCAUUCACCUCGUUAUCCUUCCUACCUAAAUGGAGUUCACCAUUGGUGGGCUCACGAGAAGGGUAACAUGAACCACCAAAUCUUGCUUUCCUUUGAUAUGGGCAAUGAGAUGUUCCAAGAGGUACCGUCUCCCCCAAUUGAAGCAUAUGGUCUUGGGGAUGUUUCUGUUCUCACUAACCAUGUAGCUGUGGUUCUACAAUGCGGCAGUGGGUUGGAAGAAUGGUAUGAGAUAUGGGUGUUGUUUGAGACUUGGAUCAAACUAUCUACAAUCGGACUCCUUCCGCCACAUACUUGGGAUCUGGUAGAGCUUCGGACGGAUGGUAUGGUAGUUCUAGGCACUAAAGGCACUGAAAAUGGAGCCUUGAUACUGUAUGACCCAAGAAGACGAAAACUGUGGGAUACUAAAAUAUAUGGGGCUUCUUCAUGCACUCUACUUCUGAGUUACAAAGAGUCCCUAGUUUUGCUAAAUGGAUGGGGGAAUUUGAUUGAGCAACAACACAAUUCAUAGCAAGAUUCUAGACCAUUUCGGUGAUUGGGCUUCCAAUUCAUCUUCACAUAUUUGGCAUAUUACUUUUGGAAUUACGAUGAAGCCUGAAGGAAAAAAGAAAAUUACCAAAGGUGAGUGGCUAGCAUUUGACAUUUACAAUUUUAGCUUCUUGCAGGCUCUAUGGAAGUCGGCUCACACGUCCGGGGUUCGUCGGCGACGGUGCCCGAGUACUUCAAUGCCAGAGUUAUGUUGGUCGUAAAUAUGGUUGGAAGAUUUUUUUUUAAUCAUUUUUGAGACUAGUCGAGGAGUUGAAAAAAAAAUUCCGUUGACCUUCUAUUUUGUACCUGGACUACAAUUAAUGUGUAACCAAUGGAAAGGAAAUUCAAUGUUUUCUUGUUGGGAAAAGAUGGGGCGAACAAUGGCCCAAUGCAAAGGCCCAACUCCAA